GGGAGGGACGCUGCUCAGCUGCUGCUCUGCUCCUGUCUCCUGUCCUCUCCCCUGGCCAUGACAGAGACCCGUGAGCCAGCUGAGACUGGAGGCUAUGCCAGCUUGGAAGAAGACGAUGAAGACCUCUCUCCAGGCCCUGAGCAUUCCUCUGACUCAGAAUAUACCCUCUCAGAGCCGGACUCUGAAGAGGAAGAAGAUGAGGAGGAAGAGGAAGAGGAGACCACCGAUGACCCUGAAUAUGACCCUGGCUACAAGGUGAAGCAGCGCCUGGGUGGGGGCCGGGGUGGCCCAUCCCGCCGGGCCUCCCAUGCAGCCCAGCCCCCAGGCCCCUCAGCCCAGCCCUGCCAGCUCUGUGGCCGCUCACCCCUUGGGGAGGCCCCACCGGGAACCCCACCCUGCCGCCUCUGCUGCCCUGCUACAGCCCCCCAGGAAGCACCAGCCCCUGAAGGCAGGGCCCUUGGGGAGGAAGAGGAAGAGCCAGAGCCACCCCGGGCUGGGGCAGGCCAGCCAGCUGGGCGGGGGGAGGAGGAGGAAGAAGAGGAGGAGGAGGGCGCCUACCACUGCACAGAGUGUGAGGAUUCCUUCGACAACCUGGGGGAGCUGCACGGCCACUUCAUGCUGCAUGCCCGGGGUGAGGUGUAGGCAGAGCCCCUCACCUGGGGAGCUUGGCAGAAGGGUGGGGUGGGAGGAGGGGGCUGAAGGAAUUGGGUGCUCACAGUGGACGUGGGGGAUAGGGUACCACAAUCUGUGUUGUCCUAGGAGUAGAUGUGUGAAGGCCAGAAUAAAAGCCAAAUUCUGU